CUCGCAUGCAUGUAUUUGCGUCUGGCUUACAUUCCAAUGGACAGCAAUCUUCCGAGCGAGCGUCUAAAUUUUGUGUGCAACUCAUUCGACCCUAUCGCUUUCAUAACCGAUGAUACCAACGUCACUAUUAGCAGUUACGAAAUCACAAAAUUCACCGUUGAUGAGCUAUUAGAAAAAGCAAACACGCUUUACAAAACAGUAAACGAACCCCUGUUCAGAGGAAGUAAAAAUCCUCUCAUCUUGGUGCUCUUCACAUCUGGGAGCACAUCUCCGAUUCCAAAGGGCAUCCUCCUUCGAAAUGGCCAGGUGGCAAAUCGUCUAUCUUGGCAGUGGAGUGCAGAAUCACCAUUAGCAAGGAUAGAAGGACCUAGUUUGAUUAAAACAUCCUGCCUUUUUGUUGACAGCUUCACUGAAAUGUUCGGACCCCUUCUAGGUGGUAGACCUAUUGUUGUUUCAGGGACCUCACAAAUCACUUGUGAACGCCUAGUUGCAGAUAUUGAGAUCCUCAAGCGCCUUGUCACUCAAUAUCAAAUAACUCAGUUAACAAGUGUUCCAACUCAACUGGAAUUGUGGUUAAACCAGUUGAACGAUGAGAGAAUGGCUUUCAAAUCUUUGCAGGUGAUUGUAUCUAGCGGACAAGUUUUGACUUAUAAUUUGGCUAAAAAGAUCUUUGAAGGAUUUGGAAAAGGAAAUUUGAGAUUGAUCAAUCUAUACGGUAGUACUGAAGUUGCUGGCGAUAUUACAGUCUUCACCUUUGAUAGUAGGGAGGAAGUCUCUAAAGCAGCCCUAAAACUGCAAACUGGGAGCUUCGUCUUGCCAGUAGGCAAACCAAUCAGUAAUAAUGAAAUAUACGUAGUUAACAGCGGAACAGGCGGCUCUGCUAAAGUCGUGCCCAUGGGUUUAGAGGGUGAAGUUUCGAUCUCUGGAGCUGGUAUUUUAAUCGAAGAACCAAUUCUGAGCUUAUCGGACAGAAAGCCGGCACCAACAUUAUCAAAAAAUCACUUGGCGAAGCUGUCCUGUUUCCCUCGAUUAUUUCAAACUGGAGAUGUUGGUUUUAUUUCUCCACAGAAUGGGAAUCUCUACAUCACUGGAAGAGUGGAUGAUAUGGUUAAGGUGCAUGGAGUAAAAAUUUCCGUUGGAAACGUUGAUCAAAUUUUGGCAGCAGUUGAUAGAAGUAGUGGCAAAUUUGCUACUCUGGGAGACACAGUGACCCUUGCUUUGGAAAAAGGUGAAACAGGUUCCCAAUUAGUUUGCUUCUAUAAAACUAAUGGCGAAAAGACAUUUACGAAUAUGGACCUGGCGAAUGUUGUGGCUACUCAUUUAACAUCAUUUCUGCAUGUUAUUUUCGUCGAAGUGCCAACAUUUCCCACCAUGAAAUAUUCUGGAAAAAUUGACAAAAUGAAGUUGCGACAAAACUACAAAGAUGGAGAAUAUGAAAAGCCCAGUGGGGUAGGCAAUGGCUAUAAGAAAAAAGACAAAAUAGACGAAAAACGAGAGAGUCUUCGAAGGAUAUUUGCGAAAACUCUGGCAUUACCAGAAACGUCUGUGGAAAACGGAGAGCCUGAUGAUGACGCAGAUUUCUUUCUUAUUGGAGGGAAUUCUAUUUCUGCCGCAAUUAUUACCUCCGAACUGCGAAGAAAAGGCUACCGGGUAAAUAUGAAUCUUUUUACAGAAAAUCAAAAAAUCGGUGAACUCCUGGACGUCCUUACUAAAGCGACUGACCUCACUGCAAAAUCCUCUUCAAAUUGUCGUAAAGUACCAUUUAUUCGAGAAUUUCAACCGGGAAAAACUUUUGAUUCUGAUCCAUUACUCGAUAAAAAAUGGAGAAAUCUUAUUGCCGAUAUACUGGCUGAUUCAUUCACAGAAUUCGAACCCAUGGGGAGUAUGCUGAAAUUGAAUAAGAAAACCAUGCAUGAGAUCGUCUUGAGUAGACUGAAACAAUUCGAAAAAUUAUUAGGGAUUGUCUUUGUCGCCGGUUUCACUCAGUGUGAUCCAAAUGGUCCUCUGAAUGAUCUCUUUUCAGAAGUUUCAGGUGUAAUUGUGGGUUAUCCACUGAAAACACCAAAAUUAUCUGAUAUAUCUGAUCCUUUAUACGGAAAGAUCGAGGAAGCUUUUGAGAUUUGUGAUUCUCGAGCAGAGAAAUUAGAGGAUCCUUCCAAAUGCUUUAGCUCAGCAUUGCUUGGAGCAAGAAGGCUAAAUAUGGGAAAUGACAUGAUCCAGCUUUUGAUACUAUUAGAGGAGAAUCUUAUCAAUGCUGCUAAAAAAAUGGGAUUCAAUGCUAUUCGGACUAUAAAUACAUCAAUUACAUCCCGGACGAUGGCUGAUGAAUUGGGUUAUGUUCGCAAUUGCACAGUUAAUAUUGCGGAGGUAUUCAGAGGACUUGGUGUGAAAACCAAUAAAACAGAACAUUUCGUCGAUGUGGCGACCAAAUUCAUUGAUUAA